UGUUGGGGUGGCCUCAGAGGGAAUCCCCAGGUGCAGGGGGACGAUGAAUCACAUGGCUGUCACAAGGCCCCUUCCUAACUGCAGCCAGCUCAGUCAACACCCUGCCCUUCGAGCCCAGCAAGACUGUCCCCCAGGUGUUAGGUGUUCCCUGUGUUGUGAACAGUCUCAGGAAAAGGCAAUUGUAUAACAUGAGUAAGUUCCUCUGCUUGAUUGCAAUGUCUUCUGUCUCAUCUUUAGUCUGUUGUCCCAGCCCCGUGAGGUAGGGACCUGCUGCAGAUGUGACUAGUGGCCGCCUAUAUUCGCAUGGUCACAUGGAACGGGCAGAGCUAUUAGGAACAGGAUUCACUUUCUUCAGUGGGAAUUCACAUCCUACGUCUAACCCAUUUUCACUCCGUGAGCAAUUAUUGGAAGCCCUUUACUUCUGGGAUUCACUGUCUAAUUAGGUUCAUUCCUUUUUAAGAUUCUUGCUCCAGUAAGGUGGGUUGUGAUCAUUCAGCAGACAGGGAACACAGGUGCACAGAAAGAGAAAGUGAUUUUUCUCAAGGGCACCAAACGGCUUAGGGUUUUAAAUUCAGGUGCUCUGUCUAGACAAAGUGACCAGGACAUCCAAGAGUCUGAAAGUGGUGUCAGUGUUAUGUUCAGAAUAAGGAUUAAUGGGCUGGUGUUACAAAGAAAGGAGAUAUGGAGCCAGCUUAAGAAAGAUAAGUGUAUUAGAUUGAGAUAACAGACUUAAAAAAGAGCUCAUUGCUUUAUUUGGGCAGUACAUAUCUCCAGUUCCAGUGUGUGCCAGUCAUUUUGCCAGAGAUACUGGGAAACCACAAAACACAGCAAGCAGCCCCCAGAGUCCUCCGUCUAGUGAUGAACAAGUACACAAUAGCAAACAACAAGACGGUUUCCGUUCCUGUGAGUGCAGUGAGGCGAAACACAAGGCCACGUGGUGGUGGAGGCCUGGGGGUAGGAAGCUGUGCUGUAGGUAGUGAUGCUUCCACAAAGUCUGGAGCAGGUGACGUAUGAGCUUUGAUCAGCAGGCUGACAAGGGGGAAGCAGUCGAAACUUCAGUGUAAAUGGUGAAGGCACAGUGGUCAGUAAGUCCAAGUAUCCUAGGCGGGGGAUGACCUUGAUGUGUUCCAGGAAGAGAAGAGGCUGGGGGAAGUGACGGGGGAGGAAGUGGUGGUAGAAGUCGGGAAGAUACUCGAAUCCAGAAGGAGCCGCGUAGCUGAUCGCUGAGUCUUUCUCUUAGGGUAUGAACCUUGAUCUCCUGGAGGUGAUGACCGGAAGCAGAAUGGCUUUGGUGCCGCCUUGGCACCCUUCUGUGAAACAGUUUGUGUCUGACUUCUGCCCAUGGCUCUUGUGGCAUCAUCGGCAUCUUCAAAGGCUGCCAUAAUUUGUUCCUCUUAGAAAAGUCCAUCGAGAGAGAGAACAGGAGCUCUGGCUUUUCCCUCAGCUCUGGCAGGACCCAAACAAACUUAUUUUGUUUUUGUAGGAGAGGGGGAAAGUGGGUCAGGCUGUUUUGGCAUUUCAGGCAUGGAGUCCCAGUUCUAUUGCAGGCCCUCGUCUCCAUGGAAAUGAAAAAUAGUGUUUGUCAUGCCAGUUCCUGGAUUGAAUUCCAAACUCUGGGCUGAACAGAAGCUGCGGGAAAGCCAGGCAGCAGGGGAGUGGGAUGGACCGAGGCUCCAGCCACUGUGAUGAGCGAUCUCUUCUCUUUGGCCUGAGUAGAAAAGGCAGACUUUUGCCCAGGCCCAACCCUCUAUCUCCCCAUCACCUCUCUGGACUGAGACCGUCAAUGGAAGGCACUGCCAGUAACUCGAACCGCAGCACGCCGGCCUGCUCCCCCAUCCUCCGGAAGCGGUCUCGCUCGCCAACCCCACAGAACCAGGACGGAGACACCAUGGUGGAGAAAGGCUCGGAUCACUCCUCGGACAAGUCCCCGUCCACCCCGGAGCAGGGUGUGCAGCGUAGCUGCUCCUCACAGUCGGGCCGCAGCGGUGGCAAGAAUUCCAAGAAAAGCCAGAGUUGGUAUAAUGUAUUAAGUCCCACAUACAAGCAGAGAAAUGAAGACUUCAGAAAGCUCUUUAAGCAACUUCCAGACACGGAGCGCCUCAUCGUUGACUACUCAUGUGCACUCCAAAGAGACAUCCUUCUUCAGGGCCGACUCUACCUCUCUGAAAAUUGGAUUUGCUUCUACAGCAACAUCUUCCGCUGGGAAACCCUGCUGACAGUUCGUUUGAAAGACAUCUGCUCCAUGACUAAAGAAAAAACAGCUCGCCUCAUUCCCAAUGCCAUCCAAGUUUGCACUGAUUCAGAAAAGCACUUUUUCACGUCGUUUGGAGCCCGGGAUAGGACAUACAUGAUGAUGUUCCGGCUCUGGCAGAAUGCUCUCCUUGAAAAGCCUCUCUGCCCCAAGGAGCUCUGGCACUUUGUUCACCAGUGCUAUGGGAAUGAGCUGGGCCUGACCAGUGAUGAUGAGGACUACGUUCCCCCUGAUGAUGACUUCAACACGAUGGGCUACUGUGAAGAGAUCCCCGUGGAAGAGAAUGAAGUGAAUGACAGCUCAUCCAAAAGCAGCAUAGAGACCAAGCCCGAUGCAAGUCCUCAGCUGCCCAAGAAGUCCAUCACCAACAGCACUCUGACGUCCACAGGGAGCAGCGAAGCCCCCGUCUCGUUUGAUGGCCUGCCCUUGGAGGAGGAGGUGCUGGAGGGCGACGGGUCCCUGGAGAAGGAGCUCGCCAUUGACAACAUCAUAGGGGAUAAGAUGGAGAUCAUUGCACCUGUGAACUCCCCGUCACUGGACUUCAACGACAAUGAAGACAUCCCCACCGAGCUCAGCGACUCUUCUGACACUCAUGAUGAAGGUGAGGUCCAGGCCUUCUAUGAGGACCUGAGUGGCCGGCAGUACGUGAACGAAGUCUUCAACUUCAGCGUGGACAAGCUCUAUGACCUCCUCUUCACCACCUCGCCCUUCCUGCGGGACUUCAUGGAGCAGAGACGCUUUUCCGACAUCAUCUUCCAUCCGUGGAAGAAGGAAGAGAAUGGAAACCAGAGUCGCGUGAUUCUUUACACCAUCACCCUUACCAACCCUCUGGCUCCCAAAACUGCCACGGUCAGGGAGACCCAGACCAUGUACAAGGCGAGCCAGGAGAGCGAAUGUUACGUGAUCGACGCCGAAGUCCUCACCCAUGAUGUACCGUACCACGACUACUUCUACACCAUCAACCGCUACACACUCACCCGUGUGGCUCGCAACAAGAGCCGGCUUCGGGUCUCCACAGAGCUGCGCUACCGAAAACAGCCCUGGGGCUUGGUGAAAACCUUCAUCGAGAAGAACUUCUGGAGUGGGCUGGAGGACUACUUUCGCCAUUUAGAGAGCGAACUGACCAAAACGGAGAGCACCUACCUGGCUGAGAUGCACAGACAGUCUCCCAAAGAGAAAGCCAGCAAGCCGCCGACAGUGCGGAGGAGGAAGCGUCCCCACGCCCACCUGCGGGUGCCUCACCUGGAAGAGGUGAUGAGCCCCGUCACCACGCCCACUGAUGAAGAUGUGGGCCACAGGAUCAAGCACGUGGCAGGUUCCACGCAGACUCGGCAUAUCCCCGAGGACACUCCCAAUGGCUUCCACCUGCAGAGCGUGUCCAAGCUGCUGCUGGUUAUCAGCUGUGUUCUGGUGCUGCUGGUCGUCCUUAACAUGAUGCUCUUCUACAAGCUCUGGAUGCUGGAAUACACCACCCAGACUCUCACUGCCUGGCAGGGUCUGAGGCUCCAAGAAAGGGGUCUGGGAGCACAAGACAGUCCGCUGAGCAUAACUCCAGCUGCUGGGGUGCCCCUUCUUCUGCCCCACAGGUUACCCCAGUCUCAGACAGAAUGGGCCCAGCUUUUAGAGUCCCAACAAAAGUACCACGAUACUGAGCUCCAGAAAUGGAGAGAGAUCAUCAAAUCAUCAGUGAUGCUCCUUGAUCAGAUGAAGGACUCACUCAUCAAUCUUCAGAAUGGCAUCAGGUCACGUGACUACACAUCCGAAAGCGAAGAGAAGAGGAACCGCUAUCACUGACAAGGCAGGGACGGGGGUGGCUGCGAGAGGCCUGUGCAAUACAUGUACAUAGACCGUAUAAAUAUAUAUAUAAAUAUAUAUAUAUACAGAAUAUAAAUAUAUAUAUAUUAUAUACAGAUUUUAAAAAGAGAUAACGCCUAUGUACCAGGGAGAAGGAGCGGGCCCUCCCGCCCCUGUGCCGGCUGGAGCAGCGUUUUCCUUUGAUGGAGGGGCCGAGGAGGGCAGGGACCACCUCUCAGCACCGACCUCCCCUGAUCCUCCUCCUCCCACCCUCCGCUCCCCUCCCCUUCCCUUGCUGGCCAUUCUUGGCUCAUAGAAGGGAAAUGUUGUUGAGCCAAAGUUAUGCCUGUGAAGACCCUAGGGUCUUGAAAUCUCAAGGGGGCAUUGCUUAAGGUGCUUCAUUCCCUAAUCCCCUUUUGAUUUGUUUCCAAAAUAAAAGAGAAUCUUUUCUUCCCUACCCCACGCCUCCCCAGGCGUUCUCUUGGGAACACGGAAGCAUUCAAGGGCGGGAGCCCAGUCUAAACUCUCCCACGAGAGGCCGCCCACACAUACAGACCAAACGCUAAGAGCCAGAUGGAGAGGGCUGUUAGAAAAACUAGCAAGGCUGCCUUUGUGGGGCUGGAUUUUGGAGCUGUAGGCUCCUGUGGUCUCAUGUUCUGAAGGGCAUUUUUCCUCAAUCACCCCUGCGCCUUCCUCCAACCUGUGUAGGGUGUGGACCCAUUAAGGGCUGGCAAUUCCUGACCUUCCCACCCCCUUUCUCCCUGGUCUUCUCCCAGGCUGGAUCUGGGAGAAGUGUCACUUUUUAGUGCCUAAAGUCCUAUUGUUUCUCUGUGCCCUAAGAGCACAUUGUUUAUUAGCCAGGGUGGAGCACAUUUGACCUUGUUAAACCUCUUGUUAGUGGUUAUGAACAAGUCAGGUCUGUGGCUGAGAUUCCUUCGCUUUGAGCCGUGAGUGUGAUUUCCAGGAUGAAUCAGGGUGUCUGAGGCGCUCCAGGGUUUGAGGAGAGAGAAAAGGAGAGAAUGCUGUAGCAUGUGGGUUGCAGGGUUUGUCCACAGACACUGUGAGCAGUGAGCACCAGUAGCCAGGUUGUGCAGGAGGUUGCCUGUGUCGCUUCCGCUUGGUAAAGAAACAACUUCCGAUGGUGGAGUCAACCUUCUGAGACGCUUUGCGCUGGCAUGGAAGACCCUCAAUGGAUGGGUUUUGGCAAAGGUGCAUGUGUUUGGGCAGGAAAAGACCAGAUGGGCUGUCUGCCCUCAGGGGGCUGCUCUGAAUCCUGAGUUUCUCAAGACUUGGGAGUGGGGGUCCUGGUGGUGGAGGGUGCAGAUCCUUCCCUGGUGUCUGGCCCCAGACGGAUGUGAGAGCACAGGGUGGAAGGCAGAUGCUGCGUUAGGAGAAUAAGCCCCUCAGGGCCUUUUCCUAGUUGGCCUGCUGGGAGCCAUGCCACUUGUCUGAUCACGCGGAGCCUUCCUGGGCACGUUCAUCUUCCUUCGUCCGCUAGCUGUUGUUUCUCCGUAUUACGGCCUGGGGAGUCCUGCCAGCCCUUGGCAGAGUUUGUGGAGAUUCUUAAUGAGGAAAGAAUCAAAGGUAAUUUGGCUAGGAGAACCCUUUCAGAUUGCUGGUUCUUCUCCCGGGUUUCUUAAUGCAAGAGGCAGAAGAGACCCCAGGACCCCAGAUGUCUCAGCAAAUAAGCACAAACGAGGGAAGGUUCUUACUUAUUUUUUUGCUUGCUUGGCUUUUUUUUUUCACUGAUUUACUCCAAGGAGAAAAUGACAUUUUCUGUUAGAAUGGCCUGAACAUCCCACUCUGGCAAAAAAAAAAAAAAGGAAAAAGGAAACUUUUGACUUGUCAGUCUAUCUAAGAAAAAGGCCUUGGUGUCUCCUGAGGGCAGAAUCAUCAUGCCUAGGUCAUCCUCCAAGGGAGGACAAUGAUGAGGUCAACUGGAAUUGAGGUCUCUCCCCUAGGCAAGGAGAGAGGAGGAGAGGGUGUUCUCUGUCAUCCUUGGGAAAGGUGCGGACAAGCCGCUCGCCACUCCGUUCUCAUCCAGGACUUGGAGCUGGAGACACUGGUGAGGGUCAAGUCUCAGGAUCCAGAGAGGGAAGAGUGGUGCCAGCUGCUAGGAAUUCCCCCUUUGGAGGAACUGCAAGCCACGUGACUCCCAGAAACUUUGUGAAGGCAGAACCUGUGAAUUCUCAAAUUUAUUUCCUACGUGAUGCUUUACUUAAGUUAUUUACUUAUUAAGGUUGCUGUGGGACCUCUGGGAUGACUUAAAAAGUAUUCUGUGCUGGGAGUAGUACAAUGGGGAAAGCAGCCCCAGCCACAGAGAGUUGCACUGUGGUGUGUCACCUUUAGGACCAUCUGAGUUGUGCAUAAGGAGCCUUCCUUUUCCAGCCGAUCUGAGCCCAGGAGACAGCAUAUAUCCAUGGAGAAUGCCCACAAAGAACCAAGCAUCUCUUAUGGGGCCCACUCGGUUCUAAGAAUUUUUUGACUCUCAAACCAGAAGAAACCAACAACUGCAUUCCGUCCCAGAUGUAAUCUUUUCCUGCUGGAGAUAAGCCUGGAGUGGAAUAAAAGGACGGCAGGGUAACUCCUGGCCAGUAGCCUGGCUGGUAAGUGUCUGCCGGAGGGUGGCAGAACCGCCGCUUGUUGUGUUCACUUCUUCCAGCCAGUGCUUUUUUGGAGUUUUGUUUUCAUAAGAACGCUGGGCUCACACAGGAGUCUUUCUAAGAGGAUUCAUGUAGUAGAACAUUUGAGAGCUAGUGCUCAAUUGUGUAGACUUGGCAGGUUUUCUAACCAGGCGAGCACUUACAGGGUCCAAUCUUCCACUCCCACUUAACUGUAGAGGGGGAUUGACAAAGUUGGACUCAGAAAAGCCAGCCAUGUCUGCAAUGCUCUUAUAUUCCCAUGCACCUCCUUGAGACGAGGUAGAGGACCAGUAAUCUGAAGAUUCCCGUGGAUGACUGGACUGAGACUCUGCCAUUGAGUAGCUCUGUGGUCUUGGACAAGUCACUGCCCGUCUCUGGGCCUCGGAUCCUCCUGUGUUAAAUGAUCUUUUAGGUAGGCUCUGGGUUUGGCGUUGUAUUGGAGGUUAGGCUAGAGACUGGGUGAUCUCAGGAUUGUUAGACUUCGGUGGUAUCCUGCCAGGAGGGAGCAAGCCUUCUGGGCCAGAGCUUCCCUAGUAUCCGGUAGGAGGCAGGGCAGAGUGUGGGUCCCUAGGAAAUCCAAGAUAGUUAAGCUUUCUUCUUGGGGGCUAAGAGGACUAGGCAGGCCCAGCAGCAGAGCGAUCAAGCUUGCUUCUUGCCCAGUGUUAAUCUGGGAGCGUGUUUCUUUAUUCUUUGGCCUAGUCUUAGUUUGGGAAGGGGCCCCUUGGCCUUUCUCUAAGCUAGGAGGAGGACAGUGGUAAGACGAGCACUCCUUUGGGUUGAGCUCGUCUUGUAUCUCUAGGCUCCAUGAAGCCUUUCACAUACCCGUCCCUCCCCACUGACAGCGGGCACAGUAGAGAGAAGUCAUUUGAGCUCCUAGCACUUCUCCUGGGGCUCCACCAAAACCCUCUUGGGAUUUGUGUGAAGCACAGAGGUUUGGCUGAAAUCCUUGGGUUGCCUUAGAGCACUGACUCGAAGAGCCUGGGGUUGCAAGAAAUGGGGAGGACUGAGAGACCCCAAGGGGAACGUGUUGCUAGGCAAGUGGGUUCUUUGCUGUCCCAGUCGCCUCCCCAAGCUUGGACUGACUUGCAGGUACCAUGUCUAGGAUGAGAUCUUGGAGAAUGAACUAGGGGAGGAAUCUUAGCAGAAGUGUCCUUUCUGUGCCAUGCUGUUCCACUUUGUUGGCACCGUAGGGUAGCCUAACCAGCCACUGCUCCCAGGGGCCCUCAGGAGACAGCACUCCUCUCUUCUCUCAGGUGGCAGGGCUGUAAUUUUCCUCCCUGUACCCCCAGAUCUCACCUGCCCAUUCCUGCAGGAAUCUCAAGAACCUGUCUUCCUGACCCUCCCCAAUCCUACCCCCUCGUCUCUAGGCUGUGGGACAAUCAUCCCUUCCCUUCCUGGACAUCCUUGACCCUCAUCCCCAACCUCCCGCAGGCUGGCCCCAAACUCCUCCACCUCUGUGCUUUCUUCCAGAAGAUGUUUUGGCUCCCAGAGGAGUGUGUUUCUGGAAGGCCAUCUCUUACUGCACCUGCAGUCCUGAUGUGCACAUGGUGUAGAGAGCUCCCCUUCCCACCUCUCUGCCCAGCCUUGUUACCUCACUCCUGCUUCGGCCUUGGCUGUGACAGGCCCAGCCAGCUCCCUGUUUCGAUGUUCUGUGUGACAGCUCAGGGGUCUUGUGACUCGAGGUCCUCAGCAGGCCUGGGAGCCCGGACUGGAGCCUUGGCUGCUGGUGAGAAUGCACCUCGCCUGCCAAGAGGAGUGGAUGCCAGACGAUCUCCCCAACAUGUGAAGGCUUACAGGACAUUGCCAUCUCUGCCCCUUGGCCCUCCUUGCUUCUCUCAACACAAGACACUGCAGAAGCAAAAGGGUGGCCUCUGCUCCAGGCAGGACAACUGGCUCUGUCUGGAGAGUUGGCCCUGGGCUUGGGUGCUGCGUGCUCAGACUGCGUAGGAAAAGCAACCAUUUUUGCCAACAGGAGUGGGUGGCUCCCCACAUCUCCCUACCCUGCACUCUAGGGCCAGACCACUCUCUGCAUGGACCAGACCAUCUUCCCAAACCCAUGGUGCUUUUCCAACCCCCCCACCUCAACCUAGACUCCAAGGUGGGCAGAGAUGGAUCAGAGGGCAUAGUGGCCACUGGAUAAUCCUGACAUGGGGUGGAGUGGGGUGAGGCAGAGGGAGGAACCCCCGACACUUGCACUGGGCCACUAAGGGGAGAGAACACAGGUUGAUUGCAGUUGAGUUGUCUGGCCGUCGGUAUUUGGAUCUUUAACUGUACUUUGCCUGGCGCUGUGCGCAAGGUCUGAAAACUUAUUGCUAGUACCUAGAAACCUACAAGGCUACCCAGCCAAAUCUUUAAUGUAAAGUAGCUAGAGCCAUGGAAGUACAGUAUGAAUUAAAAGAAAAAAGUAUUGAACUACAAACAAUAAA